AUGUCGACACAAAAAUAUGACAUCCACAGCCGUGCCGAAUGUGAACAAAUGGUCAAACAGUGGGGGUUUUCCCAUGUCUUCACAUGGACGGACGCAAGCAACGCCCACUACUCCCCGCAUUCUCACAGCGGAGUUACAACACAUCUAAUCAGGCGGGGCACCUUCACCAUCACGUAUCCAAAGGACAACGCCACACAGCACAAUGGCGAAGUUAAAAAGGAGACAUUCGGGGUGGGGGAUAGAAUCGAUGUACCUGCAGGGAAGGUCCAUGAAGUCUGGAUUGGGCCAGAGGGGUACAACCUUGCGGAGCUUGAGCUUCCGGAGGCUAUUAUCCUUCGGCUAUAUUCGACAUAUUACAGCCUGCGUCUUGUACCAUUGAUAUUUACCAAGAGGGGGCAUCUUCAUUGGCGGCAUGUCAAAGAAAGCUAG